AUGACCCUGGCACCCUCUGACCAAGGUCUCUUUUCUUCUUCAGUGCUAGCCCUCUGGCUUCAGCUGGGUGCAGCAACCAAAAUUGUCUGUUACUUUACCAGCUGGAUCCAGUACCACCCUGGGACUGCCCACUCCAUGCCCGAGAAUGUGGACCCUUGCUUCUGCAAGCACAUCAUCUAUGCCUUCGCUGGCAUGGCCGACAAGAUCACAACCAUCGAGUGGGAUGAUGAGGCCCUCUCUGCCAGCAUCAAUGGCCUUAAGAACUAUAACACGGAGCUGAAAACCCUGCUCUCUGUUGGUGACUGGAAUUGUGGAACCCACUUCUCAGACAUGGUGACCACUGCUGAGGACCAUCAGACCUGCCUCCAGUUGGCCUCAUGGUUUCUGAAGAAGUACAACUUUGAUGCGGUGGACAAAGAUUGGGAGCAUCCCAGCAACCGCGGCAGCCCAGCAGACACCCAGCAGCUCUUCACUGUCCUGUUGAAGAUGACUCACCCUUGCUGUGUCCAGAUAACACACCUGAGUCCAGUGUCUCCUGUUUCACAGGAAAUGUAUAAGGCUUUUGAGCAAGAGACCACCCAGAGCAACAAGCCCAGUUUGCUGAUUUCUGCUGCUGUGUAUAUGGACCUCAUCAAUGUGAUGACCUAUGACCUAAGGGGCUCCAGGGAGAGCUUCACAGUAGAGGACAGUCCCCUGUUUGCACCACCCAAUGACAAGGGAGACUACAAAUACUUCAACGUGUUGAGUAAGGAAAAUUAUGCAAUGAAGUACUGGAAGAGCCAACGUGCCCCUGAUAAGAAGCUAAUGGUGGACUUUGGGGCCUAUGCCUGCACCUUCAUUCUCACUAACCCUGACAACCACAGCCUGGAUGUUCCCACCUCUGGUCCUGGGACUGCUGGGCCCUAUAUUCAGGAGGCUGGGACUCUCGCCUACUUUGAAAUCUGCUCCUUCCUGAAUGGAGCCACCCAGGUGGGGAAUGCCCCUCAGGAGGUGCCCUAUGCCUACAAGGGGAACCAGUGGAUUGGUUAUGACAACCCCAGGAGCUUUGCCCUCAAGGCCGAGUGGCUGCUGAAGAACAGCUUUGGAGGAGACUUGUUCUGGGCCAUUGACCUGGAUGACUUCAUGGGUGCCUUCUGUGGACAAGGCAAAUACCUUCUCAUGAAUGCCCUCAAAUCCGCAUUCGGUGUCUCCACUCCCAGUCAGUAG